CUGCGGCGGAUCGCCUCGAUCCCGCGCUGUUUCGGCCCAGGCUUGAAGCAGCUGGAAACGAGCUACUGUGGUCCCCGAACCUUGCACCGCGGCGGGUGAGGCCGGCUCCGCUGCGCAGGCCUGGGGCCGCGGGCCCUCUUCCCCUGAGCCGCCGCCAUCAUGCUGCUGCCUGUGUUCACCCUGAAACUGCGCCACAAAAUCAGCCCCCGCAUGGUGGCCAUAGGGCGCUACGACGGGACUCACCCGUGCCUGGCAGCCGCCACCCAAGCGGGCAAGGUUUUUAUUCACAAUCCUCAUACUCGGAGCCAGCAUUUCAGUGCCUCCAGGGUCUUCCAGAGCCCCCUGGAAUCUGAUGUUUCGCUUCUCAACAUUAAUCAGGCAGUCAGCUGCCUGACCGCAGGAGUACUGAACCCAGAACUUGGGUAUGAUGCUCUUUUAGUGGGGACGCAGACUAAUCUUCUGGCUUAUGAUGUCUACAAUAACUCGGAUCUGUUCUACAGAGAGGUUGCAGAUGGGGCCAAUGCAAUUGUGCUGGGAACACUGGGAGACAUUUCUUCUCCUCUUGCCAUUAUUGGUGGAAAUUGUGCUCUGCAGGGUUUUGAUCACGAAGGAAAUGAUCUCUUUUGGACGGUUACUGGAGAUAAUGUUCAUUCCUUGGCCUUAUGUGACUUUGACGGUGAUGGUAAGAAAGAGCUUCUUGUUGGAUCAGAGGAUUUUGAUAUCCGAGUUUUUAAAGAAGAUGAGAUUGUGGCAGAAAUGACAGAAACAGAGAUAAUCACCUCUCUUUGCCCCAUGUAUGGCAGUCGAUUUGGUUAUGCCCUUUCUAAUGGCACAGUUGGAGUUUAUGACAAAACAGCCCGAUACUGGAGAAUUAAAUCCAAAAAUCAUGCCAUGAGCAUUCAUGCUUUUGACCUUAAUUCUGACGGAGUGUGUGAACUGAUAACUGGUUGGUCCAAUGGGAAGGUUGAUGCUCGAAGUGACCGAACUGGCGAGGUCAUCUUUAAAGACAACUUUUCUUCUGCAAUUGCUGGUGUGCUGGAGGGAGACUACCGGAUGGACGGCCACACACAGCUAAUCUGCUGCGCAGUGGACGGGGAAAGUACAGUGGGACGGGAAAAAUCCCUGAAAAGUCAGAUUUUCAAUUUGAUUGAGUCAGAAUACCAGGAAAUUCCACUACAAGUUCGGGGCUACCUGCCAGGCACAGCAGAGAUGAGAGGGAACCUCAUGGACACCAGCGUAGAGCAGGACCUGAUCCGAGAGCUGAGUCAGAAGAAACAGAAUCUGUUGCUGGAACUCCGGAACUAUGAGGAAAACGCCAAGGCUGAAUUGAGCAGUCCACAAAGUGAGGCUGAUGGGCCUCGGGGCAUCAUCCCAGCCAAUACCAAGCUCCACACUGCCCUCUCGGUCAAUCUGGGGCAUGAGACCCAGGCUGCUCAUGCAGAAUUGUGUAUUUCCACCUCUAAUGACACCAUUAUCCGAGCAGUAUUGAUUUUUGCUGAGGGAAUUUUUCUAGGUGAAAGCCAUGUGGUUCACCCCAGCAUUCACAACCUUUCCAGCUCCAUCCGCAUCCCAAUUACACCUCCCAAAGAUGUCCCUGUGGAUCUGCACUUGAAAACCUUCGUGGGUUACAGAAGCAGCACCCAGUUUCAUGUAUUUGAACUGACAAGACAGCUCCCCCGCUUCUCCAUGUAUGCACUGACCAGCCCUGACCCUGCCAGAGAGCCACUCAGCUAUGUCAACUUUGUCAUUGCAGAACGGGCACAGAGGGUUGUUAUAUGGCUCAACCAGAAUUUCCUGUUACCAGAAGACACUAAUAUUCAAAAUGCUCCAUUUCAAGUGUGUUUCACAUCCUUACGGAAUGGUGGCCAGCUGUAUAUAAAGAUAAAACUUAGUGGAGAGAUCACUGUAAAUACUGAUGAUAUUGAUUUGGCUGGUGAUAUCAUCCAGUCGAUGGCAUCAUUUUUUGCUAUCGAAGACCUUCAAGUAGAAGCAGAUUUCCCUGUCUACUUUGAGGAAUUACGAAAGGUGCUAGUUAAGGUGGAUGAAUAUCAUUCAGUGCAUCAGAAGCUCAGUGCUGAGAUGGCUGAUAAUUCUAACCUGAUCCGAAGUUUGCUGGUCCGGGCUGAAGACGCUCGUCUGAUGAGGGACAUGAAAACCAUGAAGAACCGCUACAUGGAACUGUACGACCUUAAUAAAGACUUGCUAAAUGGAUACAAAAUUCGCUGUAACAACCACACGGAGCUCCUGGGGAACCUUAAAGCAGUAAAUCAGGCCAUUCAAAGAGCUGGUCGUCUGCGGGUUGGAAAACCAAAGAACCAGGUGAUCACUGCUUGUCGGGAUGCGAUUCGAAGCAACAACAUCAACACGCUGUUCAGAAUUAUGCGGGUGGGAACAGCUUCUUCUUAGGAAAAGAAAGAAUAGGUAAUGAAGUUC